CAACCACUGAACAGGCCCCUGGCCUAAACCCAGACCCGCUGGAUCAGUCCUCAGCUAGGUCAUUAAGAACUAGAUCAGUCCCAUCCCACUCAGAACCACUGGAGUGGUCUGGGUCUGUCCCACUCUGCCAACCUGUAUCAGCCCCCCUUGACCAAUUACCAUACAGGACAUCUGGCUCCAGCUCCAACCAAUCACGACUAGGAGUUUUGGGUCUCUCUUUGGGGCUUUCUGUUUCAAAACUGUCAACUCCGAGUCGUGUCCAAUCAGAGCCAGGCUCCGUCCCUCUCAGCCAGUCAGACGGAGUACGGGACCGGCUCUCACCUUGGGUGUGGCAGGACCGCCACUGGGAAGGCCGGGAGGGGGCGGGACCACAUCUGCGGGCGGAGUUACCCUCCUCUGACCUGGCGGAGGUGGAGCCUGACUGUGACUCCUCCUCUCUGGACACAGAAGCCUCCUCCUCCAUGUCAGUAGCGGAGGACUCUGACGCUGCCACUCCCUCCUCCCUCACCUCAGGGUAUGAGAGUGCCACGCCCACUACCGCCUCUGCCUCCUCCCUCACCUCAGGGUACGAGAGUGCCACGCCCACUACCGCCUCUGCCUCCUCCCUCACCUCAGGGUAUGAGAGUGCCACGCCCACUACCGCCUCUGCCUCCUCCCUCACCUCAGGGUACGAGAGUGCCACGCCCACUACCGCCUCUGCCUCCUCCCUCACCUCAGGGUACGAGAGUGCCACGCCCACUACCGCCUCUGCCUCCUCCCUCACCUCAGGGUAUGAGAGUGCCACGCCCACUACCGCCUCUGCCUCCUCCCUCACCUCAGGGUAUGAGAGUGCCACGCCCACUACCGCCUCUGCCUCCUCCCUCACCUCAGGGUACGAGAGUGCCACGCCCACUACCGCCUCUGCCUCCUCCCUCAACUCAGGGUACGAGAGUGCCACGCCCACUACCGUCUCUGCCUGGAAUGACUGCGUUCCAGACCAGGACCAGGGCUGGGACCAACUGGUCAAGAAGUACGAAGGUGUCCUUCAAGAUUGCCUGCACAACAACCGUACUAAUACUAAGAUUGAGUCCAUGAUGGGGAAGCUGCAGAGACUAAAGCAGAAGGCUAUCCUGGAGGAUGAGUAUGACUCAGCUGAGCGCUUUGGUAAGAAGCUGGAGGAGCUGUGUAGAGAGAGGAGCUCACUGAGGCUGGGUCUCCCCUCCAGACAGCCCAGUGUGGCUCUGUUCCUCCAGAGACUCAGAGAGGCAGUACACAGCGCCCUCGCCAGGAUGGAGGACCACAGGUGGAGAGGAUGGAGGGAAGUGGCUGAAGCCGUCCAGGGUCCACUGCAAAGGAGGUGUUUGCUGCAGGAGAAACGCAUGGUGGAGGCGGAGAUGGCAGAGCUGCAGUGGAGGGUCGGAGAGCUGCAGUCUCGGAGUUGCAGCCUGGAACAGCAGAUCCAGCAGGAAGAGGAGGAGCUACAGACUGAGGAGGUUGAAGGACCCGCCCUGCGCAGCUGUAGCCACAUCCAGCUCAGAGACAUGGGCAAUGCCCUCAAUGACCUGGUAACAUCACAGAGCAGGACCAGGAUUUGUGUCUCUCCCCCUGAAGCCAUACGCAGACUCCAGGAUCAGGAGCAAUCACUGAGUCUGUCCAUUAAAGAUGCUACGGCUAAAGUAGUGAUGAGUCAGAGGUUGGGAGGAAGUCUGAGAAGAAAAGUCAGUGAGACAGAGACUCAACUCCUGGCUCUCCACGAAGCCAAGCUAGCCGCCAUCUCAGGUAAUGCCUUCAGCAGUGCUAAGGAGCUGAAGGCAGAGAUGAGAGCUGUCUACGGAGAAAGAGACAGGCUGGAGCUGCUAGUGAAGAGACUCCACAGCCUGAGUUUUGGUAACAGCCAGGAUCUGGCCAAGAUGAAGACACAACAACAACAGCUAAAACUGGAGCUGGAGGCCAGACAGGCCCAGCAUGAACUGACUCUGAAAGAGAAUGUUGUCAAGUACAUCGAGUUACUGGAAGACAGACUGCACAGUUGUGGCUGUCCCCCUCUGCAGCAUAUCUGGGAGGCUGAUCUAGAAGCCUGUCACCUCUUCCUCCGAGGCAUCCAGCUGCGUACCCCCUUCUGUGGUGGUGCAGACCCUGCCACAGUGGUACUACCCAACCCCCAACCAGCCACUAAACAAGAAGCAGAUCUGCAGGAAUGUGCCAUGUUGACGGCUCUGGGGGGGCGCUGGUGCCCCGAGGCCAACCUACAGAACUCAGAGUUCACCAAGAAAUUGGAAGAGUUUUUAUUCUGCAUGGAGGAUGUUCACCCAGAGGAGGACAGUGGCAGUGAAGCAGCAGGGCUAACAGCAGACCUGACUAUAGAGCUGACCGACCAGUGUGAGGAGAUCAGUGAUAGGCUGUUGAUUCUGGAGGAUGACCUCCAGACAGCCAUACAGAACAAAGACCAGGAUCUCACUCAUAUCCUUUACCUGUUUCUGUACGGUGUGUGUGUGUGA